AGCCCAUUGGGCUCAUACCGCCUGACUCCGAAACACUCAUCCUUACUUACAUGUUUGCGACUUGAUGGCAUGCGAUGCCAGUCACUCUAUUAAUUACCGCGGAUAGGCAUGCGAUGCUGAUCCCUCGACUACUAGCGUGCUUGCUUGUGCAGACUUCUGCAAUAAGCAGAAUCUGGCGAGAGGAAAGAUACGCUGUGGGAGCUACAGACACGCAACCAGCCCUAGAUUCGCAUGAUGAGCAGGAGUCCAUAUUACGCGCCCAAGCCAUAGCAGACAUCCAGAACAACGCCCCGACCUCUGGUCACUCCAACAACCGCCUGGCCCUCCGCUCGCAGGACACGUUCUCGGCGUGUGGGGUGAACUGGGAGAACUACGAGCCCCUGCACUGGAAUAAGGCACCAGGUGCCACUCAAUACGCCGCGUGUGCUUCCGCGAGCGGCGACACGGGCACCAUGGGCAUCUGCCGGACCGACGGCGUCGGGCACGACAGCUGGCAAUAUUGCAGGGACGUGCCCGCGAUGAGGUGCGACGGCGUGGUCGGCCCCGGCGGGACUCCCGCGAAGCUCUUCUUCGUGCUCUGCAGGGACGUGGACCUCCCCAUGUCCACGUUCCACGAGGGGACCCUGAGCCAUGGUUCGGCGACCCUCCCCUCUGGCGCCAAGCCGCCCCCCGGCGCCCUCCUGCCCACGGCGGCGCCGAGCCCGAGCCCGACGCCGACGCCGAGCACCGCUCCGAGCACGGCGCCCACCCUCGCGCCCGCCUCGGCGGUGGUCCCGCCCGCCGCCGGGGCUGCGGGGCCCGAGCCCGUGCACACGACGCUGGCCGAAGGCGUGCCGGCGGGCGCGUCGUCGCUGGAGGUGACCUCCGCGGAGGGCCUUCACGUCGGCGACGAGCUCGAAAUCUCCGGCGGGGGCAACCAGGAGGUGGUCACCAUCAAGCAGAUCGACAUCGCCGUGUCCCCGUCCACGACUCUGCUGGUCCACCCCACGACGAAGAACUACCCAUCAGGCUCGAUCGUUACCAUAGUCGCUCAGCUGGCGGUCUCGGCGAUCCCGGCGCCGCCGGCGGUACCCGCGGGCGGCGAGGGCACGGCGUCCGUGAGGAACGACCCGCACGUGACCAACCUGAACGGCGAGAGCUUCGACAUCCGCAUGCCGUCGUCUGGCUGCACGCUGCUCCGGAUGCCCUACCGCGAGGAGGACCCGGAGGCGCUCGAGCUGAGCGCCAGUAUGGACACCGAUGGCGUGCGGGCGUGCGGGCUCUACGUCAAGGGGGUCACCCUGAGAGGCUCGCUGCUCGGCAACCAGGUCGUGCGAGUCCGCCCGUACACGCGCAACGCUGGCGGAUCCAACCAGGACCGGAUAAACACUUUACGUUUCGCAGACGAUGUACUACUCUACGCACCCAACCUUCGGCAGCUAACUUGUGUACUUCGCGGCGUACGACAUGAAAUGCGGAUUACUGAAUCACCUUGGCAAAUCAAGAUCCUCACAACUGCCAGUCGAAGAAAAGGAAGACCCAAUUCUAAUGUAAACGUCGACGGCCACAUCUUCAAAAUCCUGAACUCCGAGCAGAACACGAAAUACUUGGGAAGAAAGCUGACGCCCUACGAUUUUCAUGAAGUUGAGCUUCGGAACAGGAUUGCUCUAGGUUGAGGACGCUUCAAUCGGUUUCGAUGCGAGCUGACGAAGAAACGCUUCCAUCUCCACAGCAGGCUGAGGCUCUUCAACGGGACCAUCACACCUUCUGUGAUGUACGGAUGCUGCUCGUGGACCCUCAUGAAGGACAUGCCCAACGCCUUACGAAGAGUUCACAGGAGAAUGUUCCGACUCAUUAUUGGAGCUCCGCGACGCCGUCAGUCACACCAGCACGCCUGCGACGACUACGAAAACAACCACAGCGGCAAGGACGACGGGCUAGAACGAUGGGUGGAUUACAUCACGCGAACAACGCACGCGGCCACAUAACAUGCCAAACGCGCAGGAGUCGAAGAGUGUAAUGAUAUCUGUUUCAGAAGGAACUGGAGAUGGGCGAAGCGGAUUGCAAAUCAUUGCUGUGACCGAUGGACCCGCUUGUCAGCUUCAUGGGAGCCACGCAUCCACGACCCACGACUGGCAUACCGCCGGCAAGGUGGACAGCGUAAGCGCUGGCCAGAUGAGAUGACAAUAUUUGUACGCGCGGAGCAAAUUUUGCACAGUAGCGAUGACGACGGCAACGAUUGUAAACAACGGUAUAUGGUUACGACUUGCUGCGGACCGAUUUCAAUCGGAUGCAUUGGAAGUGAAAUUUGUUUUUGUAGUGGCCUCCGGCCAGUGCCGCCGAUCCGGGGGCGCUCCCGAUGCGAUCUGCUUGGUGGAAAGGGGA